AUGAACUUACUUUACACAGAGGAUGCUUUUGACAAAUUUGUUGAAGCAACUCCUCCAGAAAUGCAACGUUCAGAUCUAGCACCUGCCAUUCUACAGCUGAAAGCUCUGGGCAUCGAUAAUGUCUUGCGAUUCAAUUUUCCCUCACCGCCACCAACGAAAAAUCUCCUGUGUGGCCUAGAACUGCUUUAUGCUUUGGGGGCCAUUGACAAUAAUGGAGAAUUGACAAGUCCGCUGGGAGCAACGAUGGCAGAAAUGCCAUUAGAUUCUGUCUAUGCCAAGUGUUUAAUAAUCUCAGGUACUAUGGAAUGCUCAGCGGAGAUAACAAUCAUCCUAGCUAUGCUUCAGGUGCAAAAUGUGUUUACAAUACCCGGAGGGGGUCAAGCAGCUCUGAAAGCACGAGUUGCACGUCGCAAGUUCGAAGCAGAGGAAGGGGAUCUGAUCACGUUGUUGAAUGUCUAUACGGCCUAUGAGUCCCAGAAAGUAACAAGCUGGUGUCACCAGAAUUUUCUCAAUCACAAAACGCUACGAAGAGCCACAGAAAUUCGUACCCAGAUGUGUAAGAUGCUUAAAAAGUUGAAUAUUCCACUUAUCUCUUGUCAACGUGACACCGAAAAGGUUCUGAGGUGCAUUACUGCCGGCCUUUUUCCCAACACUGCGUAUCUUCAUUACACUGGGGUGUACAGGACCGUUCGAGGUAGCAGGAAACUUCACAUUCACCCCAACAGCUGUUUGUACACUGUUCAACAGCCUCAAUGGUUGGUAUAG